AGGCCGUGGCGGGCUGCUGCGAGGGCGCGAGCGGUCGCUCCCUGAGGGGUUGCGGCUACAGCUACCACUCAGCUGGUUCCAGUAGCGCGUGCUAUUUAUCAGUACUCCUGUUUUAAAAAUACGACUGUCUUUGAGUUCUAAUACUUGUUUUCUUACCCUCCAGGAGGAAUCAUAGAUUAUAAAAAUUAAUUUUUUUCUUCUUCAUGGACUUAAUGUAAAAGUUUUAUUUCUAUUUGCAUUUAUUUUCUAAAAAUCAGCCUCAUAAACUCAUAUCAGUAACGAAAAAUUGGGGUCAUUAAACCAUGAGUUGUGGAAAUGAGUUUGUGGAAACAUUAAAAAAAAUUGGUUAUCCCAAAGCUGCUAUUCUUAACGGAGAAGAUUUUGACUGGCUGUUUGAGGCUGCUGAAGAUGAGGCAUUUCUGAAGUGGUUUUGCGGGAAUGUGAGUGAACAGAAUGUGCUGUGUGAAAAAGAACUGGAGGCUUUUAGUGUUCUUCAGAAAUCAGGCAAGCCCGUUCUGGAAGGGGCAGCUUUGGAUGAAGUUCUUAGAACUUGUAAAAGUUCUGACUUCAGGACAUCCAGCCUGGAUGACAAAGAGCUAGAGAAGUUAGAGGAAGAGAUUCAAAGUCUCCAGAGAUUAAAACACCUAAAAAUCCAGCGGCGUAAUCAAUGCCAGUUGAUGGCGUCAGUAACUAGCCACAGAGCUCUACGGUUAAACGUUAAAGAAGAAGCGGCCACAAAAAAGCUGAGGCAGAGCCAAGGAAUUCUCAAUGCUGUGAAUGCUAAGAUCAGCAGUGAGCUUCAGGCCUUUACUGAUGGAAUUACCAAAUUGAUGAUGUUCUUCAGACACUCAAAUUUAAGUCAAGGGACAAAUCCACUGGUAUUUUUAUCUCAGCUUUCCUUGGAAAAAUACCUGAGCCAGGAAGAGCAAAGCACAGCAGCAUUAACAUUAUAUACCAAAAAACAGUUCUUCGAAGGUGUACAUGAAGUAGUUGAAAGUUCAAAUGAAGAGAAUUUUCAGCUGUUAGAUGUACAUACACCAUCUGUUUGUGAUAAUCAAGAAAUCCUUGAGGAGAGACGUCUGGAGAUGGCUAGGCUGCAGCUGGCGUACAUCUGUGCUCAACAUCAGCUAAUUCACUUGAAAGCAAGUAAUUUGAGCAUGAAGUCAAGUAUAAAAUGGGCAGAGGAGACUCUUCAUGGCCUAACCAUCAAGGCUGUUGGCAAAGAAAAUUUGAGCACUAAAAUUUCUAACUUCAACAAUGAGAUUCUGAAACUUGAAGAACAAAUCACUCAUAUGAAAGACAGAAGUUUGCCUGCUGUGAUAAAAGAAAAUGCCCAGUUACUGAACAUGCCAGUUGUAAAGGGAGACUUUGAUUUGCAAAUUGCUAAACAAGAUUAUUACACAGCAAGACAAGAGUUAGUUUUACAUCAGUUGAUAAAACAAAAGGCAUCAUUUGAACUUGUACAGCUAUCAUAUGAAAUUGAAUUGAGAAAGCAUUGGGACAUAUUUCGUCAGCUUGAAAAUCUGGUUCAAGAACUUAGUCAAAGUAACAUGAUACUGUACCAGCGAUUGGAAAUGUUAACAGAUCCAUCAGUCUCUCAGAUAAAUCCAAGGAAUACCAUUGAUACCAAGGAUUAUUCUACUCAUAGGCUUUAUCAACUUUUAGAGGGAGAGAAUAGGAAGAAAGAAUUGUUCAUAACACAUGGAAACCUGGAGGAAGUGGCUGAGAAACUGAAACAGGAUGUUUCUUUACUACGUGAUCAGUUGGCAGUAUCAGCUCAAGAGCAUUCGUUCUUCCUGUCCAAACUGAAUAGUGAUGUGGACAUGCUUUGUGAUGCUUUGUAUCAAGGAGGAAAUCAGCUUUUGCUUAGUGAUCAGAAAUUAAUGGAACAGUUUCAUCAUGUGGAAUCUCAGCUCAAUAAGCUAAACCAUCUCCUUACUGAUAUUCUUGCUGAUGUGAAGACAAAAAGAAAAAUUUUGGCAACUAAUAAAUUGCAUCAAAUGGAAAGAGAAUUAUAUGUACAUUUUUUAAAAGAUGAAGAUUAUCUGAAAGAGAUGGUGGAGAAUUUAGAAAAUCAAUCAAAGAUUAAGGCUGUUGCUCUUGAAGAUUGAAAAUUAGUAAAAACUGAAUCUAUUACGCAUACUAUCUUUUUAAAUGUUUUAUAUAUUAAGAGAAUAUAUUUAAUAAACACAUUUUUA